AUGGCGGGGCAGCUGCGUUACCCGGGCAAGGUGGUGAUUGUGACCGGCGGCACCUCUGGCAUUGGUCUGGUCAUUGUGAGAGAAUUUGUUCGCCAAGGAGCCAAUGUGGUCUUCUGUUCAGAACCAUCUCAAGUGGAAGUGGGAGAAGCAAUUCAGAGAGAGCUGCAGAAUUGUGGGUGCCCAGGGGACGCUUACUUCCAAGUCUGCGAUGUCUGCAAUGAGACAGACAUUAAGAGAUUAAUUCUGGUAACUGUAGAACGUUACGGAUGCCUGGACUGCCUCGUGAACAACGCUGGAGAUGCUUAUGCCGAGAAGAUAGAUGAUGUGACUGCCCAGGAAUUCCGCAGAGUCCUAAAACUCAACACUCUGAGUGUUUUGUUAGCAUCAAAGUAUGCGCUGCCCUACUUACGGGAAACGAGAGGAAACAUCGUCAACAUAGGUGGUAUCGACGGUGUUUUUGGGAUGAAUAAUAUUGUGUCACAUGCCUCAAGCAAGGGUGCAGUUAUUGCAAUGACCAAAACCCUGGCCAUAGAUGAGAGCAAAUACGGAGUACGAGUGAACUGCAUUUCAGUGGGUCACAUCUGGACUCCCAUGAACGAAAGGUAUAUAAAUCAGUUCCCGGAUCCGGAGGCUACACUCGAAGAUGGCAAAAGUUAUCAGCUACUGGGACGUUUGGGGACCCCAGAAGAAGUAGCUUUGGCUGCCCUGUAUCUUGCCGCUGAUGGAACUUUCUGCACUGGUUUCGACCUUCUGCUUACUGGUGGAGCUGAAGUUGGCUUUGGGAUAAAGAACCUGGCGGAUCUUAAGACCGGCCCACGUCCAAGCGGGAACCUGCAGGGCUCCUCCAGCAAGCAAUAG